AUGGGACAACACUUCACCAAUGAGGAAGGGGAGCAGGUUGAGAUCGAUGUGGCUGAACUGCAGGAAUGGUAUAAGAAGUUUGUGGUUGAAUGUCCAAGUGGGACUCUAUUCAUGCAUGAAUUCAAGCAAUUCUUUGGGGUACAGAAUAACCAGGAGGCAGCAGAAUAUGUGGAGAACAUGUUCAAGGCUUUUGACAAGAAUGGGGAUAACACAAUUGACUUUCUGGAGUAUGUGGCUGCUUUAAAUCUUGUUUUGCGAGGGAAGUUGGAACACAAGCUGAGGUGGACUUUCAAAAUGUACGACAAAGAUGGGAAUGGCUGCAUAGAUAAACCUGAGCUCUUAGAAAUAGUCGAGUCUAUUUACAGACUAAAGCAAGUAUGUCAACCUGAGGAACAAAGAAACACUCCCCGUCUUACUCCAGAGGAAGUUGUGGAGAGGAUAUUUCAAUUAGUGGAUGAGAAUGGAGAUGGGCAGUUGUCUCUAGAUGAAUUCGUUGAUGGAGCACGGAAAGACAAGUGGGUGAUGAAGAUGUUACAGUUGGAUGUGAAUCCCGGAGGAUGGAUCGCUGAGCAGAGGAGGAAAAGUGCGCUGUUCUAA